GCAACAUCACAUGGAAAUGUCAAAUAGAUGGAAAAAAACAAAGCGAGGUGAGGUGAGUGAUAUGUAAAAAUAAAAAUAUGGCUAAGUGUAAAAGUUGAAAUACAAAAGAAAAACAUAGUUGAAUGCAUAUCAAAUAGAAACAGCGUACCUUGAUUUCUGUAAAAAUACAAUAAUGACCCAUGUUGAGAAACGCCAAACUCGCCCAGGCAAGGAGGCCAUACACUCUGGGCACUUUAUGGUAUCACAUUUUGAGGCUGAGGAACAGGAUGAAUUCGAUGACCUUGCUAUACCUGUCCCUGAAGAGGAGCAAAACAUUCAGAAGGAAUCUGCUAUUGCGACUUAUAUUUUGCCCGCGCCUACGGAGAUAUUUCAACGGUCUGAUAAAGAAGAGAACAUACAGCAUCAACAACUUUCUAUAGAAAUCUCGCUCACUAAACUAUUCAAAUGUAUGACUUUGGCAUAUAGACAAAAACUAACCUCUCCAAAAUGGAAUCGUUUCAAAGGUAUAAAACUAAGGUGGAAGGACAAAAUAAGAUUGAACAACGUCAUAUGGAGAUGCUGGCACAUGCAAUUUAUAAAGAAACAAAAUACUUUAGUCUGCCAAUUUGCAUCCCCUUUGGAUGUGGAUACGCACGUUAAACCAGAGACAACAAUACUAGAAGGAAAAUAUUGGAAAAGAAGAGCUGAAGCAGUUAUAGCAGAAUAUAAAAAAUGGCGCAUGUUUCACAUUAUGAGGCUCCUUGGCAAGGGGGACACCUCUGUCCAGGACUCGAUAUCAAAAGUGUGGGGUUUUCAGAUGUCGGACAUGGACACGAUGGAGUCUCAGUGCAGCGACUUCGCCGCCAACAUGCUCACGGACGAGGACUACCUCAACUUCAUGAGUGACACACUCUUCUCCACCAUCACAUCACACCAACCUUUCGCUUUCCCCGAUUGCCGGGAAAUCGCCAGAGGUGCAAGCUUAGCUGAUUUCAUUCAACCAAGCUUAGGUCCUCUGCAGCCCAAUCUUGAUGAUUUCAUGGACACAUUAGAACCUCUCCACGAUCUUCUAUCGACUCCUCGUUUGCCGCCCGUGCCGGAAGAGACGACGAUUCCUCCCGAAGAUACUUUGUUCAGGAGUGGAAUGUCAGUAGAUACUUAUAACACACAGAACUAUAUUGCUGACAGUCAAAAUACAACAGUCACAAUGCCUACCAGUCAGAUGACUAUUCAUGGUACAAGUAAUAACACUCAAAUAAUGACUAUGGGCGAGCAGAAGAGUGAUCAGAUGCGUAUGUACAAUAACAGCCGCCUGUACGGACAGACGGACAUGUCCAACAACAUGCUCGGGCAAGAGCUGCUGCCGGCUUACCCGCAGAGCACGUACGAGCAGCAGAGCACGCAGGCCGACGCGCACUUACACGGCAACGUGUACGCGGGCAAGUCCUCCCGAGUGCAGUACGUUAACACGCAAAAUAAAAUCAUCACUCCACAAGAGACGUAUCCCAAGUAUGGCGCUGCACUUCCGCCCUCGCAGACAGCACCCGAAACGGUGUCUCUACUGCAACAGCCAAUACAGAAUCCGAAGUACGCAUCCACUGUGGUGAUCCAAGGAAGGAGCGGUUACAGUCGCGAGAAACCCCGGUCUCGAUUGAGCCACUACUCGAGCCAGCCGGCGAAUCACUACCAGGGUUACUCUCAACCCGUUCAGAGUACGGUACACGUGGCUCAGCAAAGCUACGAUACGCGGCCGGUGGUGCGACAGUCGUCGCCACAGUUGCAGUACAUGCAGCCGAGUCCCGACUACAAAGCGAAGUCGUCACCGACUACUUUGCGCUCGUUCAAACUGCCCUCCCCACCGCUGGUACCUGUCUCAUCGCAACAGCAGGCGCAGGUGUCGGUAGGCGUCGCGAACACGGCGAGCGGUGUGAGCGGAGUAAGCGGAGUGAGCGGGGUGAGCGGAGUGAGUGGAGUGAGCGGGGUGAGCGCGGCGAGCGUGCGCAAGCAGGAUCAGUACCGCUCGCACAGCCUGCCGCUGGGCGCGCAGCUCAGCGUGGACUGGGCCGUGAGCGCGCCCGCUACUGCGCACGUUCACGAUGCGCCGAGCACGCACUCUGCGCGGGCUCGUGAGUCAAAUCCUGGGGCUUUGCGGAUACGGUCGCGGUCCACGUCGGGCGGCGCGGGAGAGGUAGCGGGCGCGAGUGCGGGCGCGGGCGCGGCAAGCGUGCGCCGCCCGCCGCCGCUCACGAGCGUGGCGUCUGAGCCCACGCUGCCGCAAGCGAGCGUCAUGCUGGCGCAGCUGCUCUCAGCGCAACACUCCCAGAGCUUGUACAAAUUGAACAGUAGCAUAGAGGACGGCGCAGGGGCCAGCGAUCCGUCCAAGUCGACGAUUGUGAAGGGACUGCCCUCGCCCAUCGGCAGCGAUGUCAUCUCGCCACAUCACUCCCGGGCACAGUCGCGCGCGCAGUCACUGUCGCCGCCGGGCUCGCCGUGCUCGGAGCGUGCGGGCUCGCCGCGGGACGCGCGGGAAGCUCGCCGCACGCACCUGCACGCAGAGCAGAAGCGCCGAUACAACAUCAAGAACGGCUUCGACACGCUGCAAGCGCUCAUCCCGCACCUCAACAAUAACCCCGCCGCUAAGAUAAGUAAAGCUGCCAUGUUACAAAAAGGAGCGGAAUACAUCAAGCAGUUGAAAGCGGAACGGAAUCAAAUUAAAGAAGAAAUGGAAAGCUUGCGGCAACAAAUUGAAUGCUUAAAUAAUUCCAUAUCUAACUGCCACUCGCUGCUGCCGGCGACGGGCGCGCCGGUGUCGCGCGGGCGAGCGUCCCGCCUGCGCGAGAUGUUCGCCGCGCACGUGGCCUCGCGCACCGCGCUCAACUGGAAGUAUUGGCUCUUUAGCGUGGUGAGCGCCGCGCUGGUGGAGUCGUUCAGUGCGUGCGUGUCGUGCAGCAGCGCGGCCGACCUCGUGCGCACCACGCUGCUGUGGGCCGAGCAGCACUGCUCGCUGGUCGAGAUGCGCCCCGCGGUUUUGAACUCCCUGCGAGUACUGUGCACUACGACGGACAUCCUCACGAGUCCGGAGCGGCUGCCGGACGAGGCGCGCGCCGCGGUGGCCACCGUAGGCGUCAAGCGCGAACCCACGUAACGCCGCCCCUCACCGCCUGCCCCCUCACCUCCACGUCACCCGAGAGCCGACCGAAGCCACUACCCCUCAAGACAUACGGUUCUUUGUUUUGCAAUGUAUGAGAUGCCUUUCGCUGGUUAUUUGUUAUAUUUCAAUUCGAUUCCUACUUACUUUCACAAAAUAAUUAACUACAGGUACGCGUAAAAAAUAUUGCUGAUACAAUGUACUUAACUGACGAACUAAAUCUGAGUUAGUUCAGUAAUUUAUACAACGGUAUAUUACACUGUAUUACAUUACGGCAAAAAUAAUAGACGAAGUAAGACCAAAUAAAUUGAAUACAGUACCUAAUAAGAUAGGUCAUAAAGGGUUUUGCUAAAUGCCCUAUUAGUUAAGAUAAUUAUGUAUUAAAGAACUCAUCACUCAAUUCAAUUUAUUUAUCCGUGUUUUUUGGCGUACGUUCUUUUAAAUAUGUCUCGAUUGUGUCUAAUUUGGAUAUGUUUUGUAUCCAAUGAAACAAAUGACUUUAUAAAAAGUUAUCUUAUAUUUUAUUAAAGAAUUUCAGUAAAAAUAUUGUAAGAUAAAGCGAAAGGCGUCACUAGUAAAUUAGAUUUGCGAAAAUUGUAUACAUUUGAUGUUAGGUGGGAAUUGUUUAGUGAAAAUUAAUAGAAAUCUUUUUACCUUGUGUAUAAAGUAUGAUCUACGUCGUACCUUAAUUAAAAUAAUACUCAAAAGGCGAUGAAACAGUGGCGGUGUAUCAGGCGUAUAGGCCAAUCGUUAUGUGCAAUUUAUUGGUGUUCACAUCUUUAUCUAGUUACGCACAAUGUGUCAUAUGAUUUCGACGGGUAUUGGGAGAGCUUAAAUAUUCCAUAGUUCAAUUUGACGGCGAUUCACAUGUAAAUAUAUCAAGCUCAAUAAUUAAACGAAUCAAUGAAUCUUUAUUUUGCAAAUUAUAUUUAAAAAAUAUAUAUAUAUUUAUAUAAUAAUAAAUAAAUAACGUAAUUGUAAAAAGAUGUAUUUUGUGAUGGAGGUGGCCUUAAUGUAGUAAAGUUAACGUGUCUUGGUCUGUACAGGUUGCCAUACGACUUGUAAUGUUUCUACCAAAGAUUAUAUCGUUCAAUCCGAAUCAUAACUAGAGACUUAAUGUUCCAUGUGAUACGCUGGCAUCCGUACGCUUGCAUGUGGCGUACGCACGCAUGAGACGUACGCACGCAUGUGACGUACGCACGCAUGUGACGUACGCACGCAUGUGACGUAGGCACGCAUGUGACGUACGCAUGCAUGUGACGUACGGGCGCCGCCCCGUCCCGCACGUGAAUACCAAUGUAGUCAAUAAGCAAAAAAAAGAGAAUUUAUUGAAUAAUGUCGACGUCGAGAUUUAUUUUAGAAUUACUGUAAGUAUAUUUACGCAAGUAAGGUACUUUAAGUAAAUAUUUUUAUAUCGUUUGUGUCGUGACACAAAUAUUUUUAUAUAUAAACUGUAUAAAUCGGUGCCAACGUAAAUAUUGUUGUAAUUUUGUUAUGUAGUGAUAUAAUUUUAUGAUGUAUCGUUGACUCUGGUAGCGUCGCGUGCACGCGUGCGCCGUGCGCCCGCAGAUAAGCUUUAAUGAGUUAUUUGCAAUUGUUGUUCUAUUGGAAAUACAGUUUGGAAUGAAACUUUA